AUGCCUCGAGAAAAAUCAGAAGAAGCGCAAUGGUGGUAUGAAGCUGUGUAUUCAGCCAUCCAGCAGAUCCCUCAUGGCAAAGUCACCAGCUACGGCCACAUUGCCUUCCUCCUCGACUUUCCCAAACGUGCAAGACAGGUCGGUGUAUGUCUCAAACACCUGCCCACCUUCGAUCCUGCCAAUCCGGACCAAUACUUCUAUCAUGAUCAGAAUGUCCCUUGGCAGAGAGUGGUCAACUCCAAGGGCGGUAUCAGCCCGCGCGGCGAUGACGGAGCAGCAGCAAACAGACAAGCGGAGAGACUGCGUGCCGAGGGGGUUGAGGUCAACCCCGCCAGGGGCAUUGAGGAGAUGACAGUUGACUUCGGGACGUAUGGUUGGUUUCCGUCAAGACUGCCAGAUGAGGAAAGCGAGGAUGACUUGCAGAGCCAGUAA